UAAAAAUUCCAGAUCUUUAAAAAGAGCAGAGUCCUUACGGACAUGGACAAAUUUUGUAGAAAGGGAAGAGUGUUUUAUUUAGUUCUCAAUACGGCAUCCGAAUGGCAGCAGCGCCUGUUAUACUAAACAGCGCAAAGAUGACACUUCUGAAAUUUGCCAGUUGGCAGAGAAUGGGUAGAAUUUUUUGCUUUUUGAUAUAGCUGAUGGUCCUAAUGUGUUCACCAUUUAUGUUUUUUGCCUAAUAUUUGGUAUGCGUAUUGUAUUGUUGUUUCCAUGUGUGUGGUCAUCAGCUACCUUGAAUAAACAAAGUAUUUUAUCAUAAUUAUCACCCAUUUAUAAAUGUUCUGCUGACGCACUUGUCCUCUUAAUAUAUUAUUCAAAUUUUAUCAAAUCAUUUAUUAUUUUUCAAAAUGUACGUAGUAGAUUAAGGUAUUAGAAACUAUGAGUAACUUUUGCACAUCUACAGCUGGACAGUAUACUUAGUUAUUCAAAACUACCUACAUGGUACCAAACCAUUAAUAACCUAAGUGUUAUAAUCCAAUCAGUAACUUACAUAAUAUCCAAAACAAUUCACCAUUUGCAGUGUACUUAAAAAGCAAUUAACAUUCUGAAAGACUGUAAGUAUCUGAUUAUAAUUAUUUAUCUAUUCCAUAGUAGUGAUAUCACCACUGUAAUCAUAAUAUAAGUGCACCUACCUAAAUGUUACAACAUAAUUAACAAAUAUUUCUACAAAAUGGUUCUGUUUUUAGUAAUUGUUCUAAUUAUUUUAGUUUAUUUAAUAGUUCUGAUCUACGCUAAAUUAACUUCUGGUAUAUGCAGGUCCAGUAGACAUUUAGUAGGAAAGGUUGUGAUUGUGACAGGAGCAAACACUGGUAUAGGAUAUGAAACGGCAAAGGAUUUGGCUGAGCGCGGGGCCAGGGUGAUCCUCGGAUGUCGGAAUGACCAGCGCGGGACCACCGCUAGGGACAAGAUAAUCGCUAAUACUGGAAAUAAAGAUGUGCAUUUCAAGAAACUUGAUCUUACAUCAUUAAAGUCAAUAAGAGAAUUCACCACUGAUGUCCUGAAAACAGAAAAACGUCUCGACAUUCUUAUCAACAACGCUGCUCUGCUGACGAGCAGUGCGAAAAAUGGAAAAACUGAGGAUGGAUUAAUGGAAGUAAUGCAGCAUUUCGGACCUUUUCUUCUCACAUGCUUAUUACUACCAUUGUUAAAAUCUUCAGCUCCAAGCCGAAUCAUAAACGUAUCAUCAGUAGCACACUUCUUGGGUGAAAUAGACGUAGAUAAUUUGAAUAUGGAAUAAAAAAGAGGAAAAAUCAUUAAUGAUUUUCAAGUUUAUUCUGAUACAAAAUUGUGUAAUGUGUUAAUGACGGUAGAACUAGCUCGCCUACUAAAAGGAACUGGAGUCACGACUAAUACUCUGCACCCGGGAGCAAUAGAUACUAAUAUUUGGAAAAACAUACCAUUUAUUAAAUAUAUAUCUUUUAUUUUCGUGCCAUUUUUUAAGACUCCUUGGGAAGGCGCGCAAACUACAAUUUAUUUGGCAGUUUGUCCUGAAGUUGAAGAUAUCAGCGGAAAGUAUUUUGUUGACUGCCGGCAGAAACCGGCUAUUAAAUUAGCUAAUGAUGCCGAUCUGUGUCGAAAACUAUGGUCGGCAUCAGAAAGAUUGGUGAAAAUAAAAUCAAAUUAAAAACUUUCUCUUUUUCAUA